AUGAAGGGUUUUAGGCAGAGAGUUCACGAACAGCUGUCCCGUGCAAAAGAUUCAAACAAAUCUUCCAAGAAGAAGGAUUCGUCGUCCGGAACGCCCUCUCCAGGGCAGAACACACUCUCUAGUUCGUCAGGCCCCGGCCAUUCCCCGGCGAAUUCCAAUCAUGGCACACCUACAUCGUCGACCACCACGGUGAACGAUAUUAAGGGGAAGCCUGGAAUGCAGGGGGAAUCUGGCGGGGCCCCAGUCGGCGCUAUUCAUCAUAAUGCUCCAGGUCCGACGGCACCUCCCCAAAGCGCGCAUCAUUUUAUGCCCCAUGGUCAAAAUAUGGGAGGAGCACAUACGGGUCAGAUGCCCGGGAAUGGUCCUGGAACACCAAUUAGACAGCUGCAGCCACUUGCACCAAGCGUAAUCAUUAGCCCCAGUGCACCGCACAUCCCUCCACCUGGUGCUGCAGAAACUAUGCCUGGCGAUCUUCAGCCACCUAAAGCUGGCGCAAAAUCCCAUGUAUUCGACCGAUUACAAACAACACCCAAGGAUGUUCCGGAGGGCAUUAGGACGCCAAAACGUCAACACUCGUCGAGGUUUGAUGUAUCGGACCAGCGCCAGAGAGAAUUGGAAAAACUGCCUGGCUUUCACGAAGUUCCUCCGAACCGGCGCCAGGAUUUGUUCAUGCAAAAGAUCGACCAGUGCAAUAUCAUAUUCGACUUCAACGACCCAACAGGCGAUAUGAAAUCCAAAGAAAUCAAGCGACUGGCCCUGCAUGAACUAUUAGACUACGUUGCCAAUAACAGAUCCGUCAUCACUGACCCCAUGUACCCGCGAGUGGUGGAUAUGUUUGCCAAAAACCUAUUUCGUCCUAUUCCCCCGCCAGUGAACCCACAAGGAGACGCGUUUGACCCAGAAGAGGAUGAACCUGUUCUUGAAGUUGCGUGGCCUCAUAUCCAGGUGGUUUAUGAAUUUUUCUUGAGGUUCAUCGAGAGCCAAGAUUUCAAUACCAACAUAGCGAAAGCGUAUAUUGACCACCAGUUCGUUCUACAAUUACUGGAACUCUUUGAUUCCGAAGACCCACGCGAACGAGACUUCCUGAAAACCACACUCCACCGUAUCUACGGUAAAUUCCUUAACCUACGCUCAUACAUUCGACGGUCGAUCAACAAUGUUUUUUUCCAGUUUAUGUACGAGACGGAACGCUUUAAUGGAGUAGCAGAGCUGCUCGAGAUUCUUGGAUCUAUAAUUAAUGGCUUUGCCCUCCCGCUCAAGGAGGAGCACAAGCUCUUCUUAACGCGUGUUUUGAUUCCCCUCCACAAGGUGAAGAGUCUAAGCAUGUACCACCCUCAGUUGGCCUAUUGCAUAGUCCAGUUCCUAGAAAAGGAUUCAUCUCUUACUGAAGAGGUUGUCCUGGGGCUGCUUCGGUACUGGCCCAAAGUAAAUAGCACGAAAGAGGUCAUGUUUUUGAAUGAAGUCGAGGAUAUCUUCGAAGUCAUGGACCCUGCGGAAUUCGCAAAAGUCCAGGAACCUCUUUUUAACCAAUUGGCAAAAUCGGUUGCUAGCCCUCAUUUCCAGGUGGCCGAACGAGCAUUAUACUUUUGGAACAAUGAAUACUUCUGCAAUCUUGUAACGGAUAAUGUAGAAACUAUUCUCCCUAUUAUGUUUGCGCCCCUCUACGAAAAUUCAAAAGGCCAUUGGAACAGAACUAUCCAUUCCAUGGUCUACAACGCGAUGAAGCUAUUUAUGGAAAUCAGUCCUCAAUUAUUCGACGACUGCUCCCAUGACUAUACAGAGCUUCAAUCCACAGCAGAAGCCCGGGAGAAGAACCGCCAGAGCAAAUGGGACAGGCUGCAGCAGCUAGCACAAUCUAGACAGAGCACCGCAGGGACGUCUUCGCUGGCUCAUACAUCCUCUUCUGAGGAACAAGGACAAUCGUCUCACGUAGAUGAUAUGGACACGGCUACACAUGAUAGCCAGCAGAGGCUUAAUGCUCUCAAGCUGCAGGAUGAGUCUAAUGCGAAUAAGGAGCGGAGGUUACGGGAACACGAGGGGCAGAAUUCGGUUAGUGUUCUUGCGAGCUGA